CGGGCCGCCGCAAGUAGAUCGGAGCGGGGGCUUGGCAGUGCGGGGGAUGGAGGGAGGGAGGGGGAGAGAUCAAGGCGCAUCGUGCAUUAGUCGCUCGCGAACAACGGCGCAGCUCGUGCUCGAAGAGACAGUUUGACAUCGAGCAACAGCUGCAGCGACGCGGACGACGUCCUCGUGGAGUACACCGGAGUGCUUUUAAGAGAUGGCCGGGCGUAGGCUCGCGCUCUUCGCGCUUCUCGCUCUCACCUUCCAAACAGCACAUGGUCUAGAAUGUUAUCGAUGUGUGAGUACAAACAGUUCACAACCCUUUUUGUGCAAUGAGUUUCUCACAGAUGCUUAUGACAUCAAACCCGAAUCCUGUGACGACGUUUAUGGUGCUAAGUAUUGUAUUAAGCACGUCGGUCGAUUCGAGGCGUUAACAUUGGAUUGCUAUCAAUGUACUUCGGCUGAUAAUUGGAUGUGCGAGAACAGUGAAUUGGUGACGGCUCACAUGCAGCCGCAAAAUUGCAAUUACGUUUUCGAAGCGCGAUAUUGUGUCAAAGCUGUUGGACGUUAUGGAGGUGGCAUUGGUACCAAGCGGCUCUGCUCAUCAGUGGACUUGGGAAAUUUCUGCGACUAUGUAAAGCAACCCGGUGAUAAACUGACUUACCGUACCUGCCUUUUUACAUGCAACUCAAAUGGAUGUAAUCCAGCCUCCAUCGUAUUACCGUCAACGUUACUGAAUGUUUUUCUGUCUGCAAUAGGCUUUGGAUUUUUCUUUUUACGAUAGAAUACAGUAACGAAUUAACUCCAUUUUAGUAUUUAGUCCUAAGCCAUUGUCAUUGCCGUCCAAAAACUGUGAAUUGUUAUUCUAGAUUUUUUUUUAAGUGAUAAUUUUGUAAUUAUUAAUUAUUAGUCUCUCCCCGCUGUUAUUUUAUAUCUUUGUAUUGUAAGUGGAGUUCAUUUAUUAGGUUGAAUAAUAAGACAAAUAAUUUAUAUUUCGAAUGCUUUUGAUUCAUUUAGUCAGUUUUUUU